AUGGCUUCACUAGCCUCAUCCGUUGAUCGUAUACGAGAACAAGAACUUGUACAUAAACUAGAUAGACGAUUGCUUUUGCUUGCCAUGUUUGGUAACUUGGUGAAAAAUUUGGAUAAUGCCAACUUGGCUAAUGCAUAUAUUAGUGGUUUAGAAGAAGAACUGCAUGUUCAAGGCGUACAAUACAACUGGAUGGGACUGUUAUUCAUGUUUGGAUACCUAAGUAUGCAGAUACCUUCCAAUAUACUACUGUCAAAUUUGAGGCCAUCCAAGUAUCUUCCAAUGCUGGAGUUCAUAUGGAGUAUCUUAACAUUUGCCAUGGCAUGUGUCAAAUCCGUACACAGUAUCUAUGUUAUUCGUUUCAUCCUUGGAAUAGCAGAAGCAGGCUUUUUACCUGGGUUUAUUUUCUUAAUUGGCACAUGGUAUACAAAGAAAGAGUUAGGAAAACGACUAGCAUUACUGACUAUUUGUGGGUCAUUUGGUGGUGGUUUGAGUGGAGUCAUUCAGGCCAUCAUGCUGAAAACAAUGGAUGGUGCAUUUGGCAUAAGCGGAUGGCGUUGGAUGUUUGCAUUUGAUUCCUUUCUUACUCUCAUACUAGGCAUCGUGGGUUAUCGAUAUUUACCAGAUUACCCCGACAAUACUACAUGGUUGAAUGAAAAAGAAACUGAGCUAGCCGUUGAAAGAUCGAUGAAGGAUAAACCGCAGCAUGAUCGUACAAGCACAAAUUUAACAAAGAUUGAAAAGCUCAAAUUGUUAAUGAAAAACAAAUUUCUAUAUGCUUUUGUCAUUGGCUGGGCAGUCAUCAACACCGCUCUGGGAGGCGCUCAUGUUCUUGGUAUAUUGACAAAAAAACUAGGCUUUGAUUCUGUCACUUCAAAUCUCUUGACAACGCCCGAUACACUCAUCACAAUGAUUGCUGGUGUCAGCAAUGGGUUUAUAAGCGAUAGAUAUAAAUCAAGAUAUCGGUGUAUUUUAUGGCCACUUUGUGCAAGUCUUUUAGGAAUGAUAAUGCUAUCUGCAUUCGUUCAGCCUUUUGCAAUACUGUAUAUAGCCUUCUUAUUAAUGCAUUCUGGAAUAGGCUGCACUACAUCGGUAAUCAUGACCUGGGCAAGUGAAACUAUUUCUGCAAACAGUGAAAUUAGGGCCAUGGCUAUUGCCAUAAUGAAUACGUCUUCGACAUUAUUUUGGACAUGUACAUCAUUGUUUAUAUGGCCAGUAACGGACGCACCUUACUUUCGUAAGUACAAAGAUUUGAAUACAACAUUUUCCUUUUCUAUCGAAUUAAAUCAAAGCUUUCUUUCCCUUUUUUUCAAUCACGCAGACAAAGGAUUUACCAUUAGUAUUUUUUUAGUGAUCCUUGUAAUAGCAGCUAUGACAGCUGUCUUCUUCAUGUUACAAAAUGAGAAAGCGGUGUCGAUAACGAAUAUGGAACAAGUAUCUGACCAGCAAGAUAUCCCAUUAUUGCAUGAUAUGGUAGAACAAGAAACAAUAAAUGGCUACGAUGAAGCUAUUGAGCUUGCGACGAAAUCAAAUGCCCAGGAAGUGGAAAAUAACCUCAAACAUAAUUGGAAUAGUAAAGCAUAA